AACAGAUAUAUAGGAACGUUCUUGGUUCCCUCCAGAGGUUCAGUGUUCACCGUGAAAGACGGACUGAGUCCAGGAUGAAGCUGCUCCUAAUCCUCUUCAUUGCUGCUCUACCACACUGGGAGGUGCAUUCAGCGCCUCUGGCCGUGGUUCAGCUUGUGACGGGGGCUCACCAUGUCUUCUCGGGGGAGAAGGUCGUCCUGAGGUGUGUUGUGGACCAGGAUUUCUACCAGGCCAUGCAGUGGUUCAGGGGCCCCGAGCUGCUGUAUGAGGCCCAGGAGCUCACCCUGUGGCAGGCCAGCCUGGACCAGAGUGGGUCCUACCUCUGCCAGGGCUUCAGGAAGACCCCCAGCACUACCUUGUACACCAACAUCAGCCAGCCUUUCCACAUAGACGUGGACGGUGGAUGGGCCAUCCUGGAGUCUCCGCCCCCGUUACUGCUCGUCGGGGACGACCUGGAGGUGAAUUGUCGUCUCCGUGGGAACCACGUGCCUAGGCAGGUGAUCCUGUACCGGGAUGGCCAGGAGGUUCUGAGGAAGGAGGGUCCGAGCGCCGCUGCGCUGAGCCUCACCAACCUCACUCUGCAGGACACAGGGUCAUACAGCUGCAGGGCCACCUGGGCAGCCAGAGGGCGCUCCAGAGCAGCCCAGUCAGAGCCCACCAGGAUGACAGUACGAGAGAUCCUGACAGAACCAAAUCUACUGGUGAACCCCUACAAUCGGUUUCCUCCAGGCAAGAUGCAGCUGGUCUGCGAAGUGGAGUACCACGCCCACCCUCCCGCCCCACCUGUCUACUUCUUCCACCGGAACGGCCCCAUCAUGAGGCCUGCCACCACGGAAAGCAGCAUCUUUGUCCCCACCCUCCGUGGAGACUUUCACUGCAGAGUCAAAGUACCUCUGCUGAACAUAGAGAGACUGAGUCAGGUCACCACUGAGUAA